UUUGGAAUAUUCCUCCCAGCUCCAAUGCACACGAGGUGGCCUUUUUCAAUUUUGUAAACAAAAAUAACCAUGCUGUCAAGUGUGGCUGAAAAACGAUAUGCGGCUGAAGCUCGCUACACAAAUUUUUAUGCGGGAAGCGAUAUUACCUGGAGUGAAAAUGGGAAGCACAUUUACUGCCUGAAUGGCGACGUUGUCAAUCAGGUGGACGUCGAAACAUCUCAAAUUGUGAGCAGCUUUGGAGUAAACGUUUCCAACAAAGGUGAGUCUGUUGGAAAUGCGGGAAAAUCAAAAAUCUCUGAGGGACUCGAAGGCAUUGAGGUGGACGAGGACAACAUUUACUGCUUUGCAAUGUCAUCGGAGCAUUUGGUUACCGCACAUGGAAGUGGCUUGCUCCGCCUAUGGGAGUUAAGUACGCAAAAGCUGGCUAAGCUGUGGAAGAGUCAGCACAAGGGGCCUGUUGUCCGAAUCGAGUUCAGCCCGUGCGGCAAGUUCAUCUGCACGAGUGGCGGUGCAGAUGCUACGUUGAGACUUUGGGAUUUUGCUAACAACAGUUGCCUGUGCGCUUUGAAAGAUUUUCCUGGCCCAUCACUUGUGUUGCAAUUUCACCCAAGUCCCUUAAAAAGUGAAAUUUAUGCUGUUGGCGCCGAUAACACGAUAUACUGUUGGAAUUACGAGACGAAGACAAUGCUGCAUAAAAUGCGGGGACACAUCUCGCAAGUAACAGGCCUAAGUUUCAGGAAUGCAGCAACCGACUGCAGUCAACUGGUAACAGUGAGUCGCGACAAGGUGCUUAUCGUUUGGCAGCGGUCCGAGCAGGCGAACAGCUGGAUUCAGUCAAAGACUAUACCAUUGUAUGAAGAACUGGAGGGCGUCACUCAUAUAGCCGAUGGUGCACAGUUGCUGGUCGCCUGUGGCUCUGGCAAACUGCAGCAAAUUGAUACGAAAUCGUGGAAAAUACGGGAUCUUUUUCUUAAGACAGAGUUCGAAAUAAGCCGGUUACUCUACUGCAGCAGCAAACAACAAUUGGCGCUUAUUACAACUGAGCAAAAUAUAAUCAUAUAUGAUGUGAACACCGAGAACGAGAGUGCGGAGGUUAAACUAGUGAAGCAGCUGGUGGGCUACAAUGAUGAGAUUUUGGAUAUGUGCUUCCUGGGGGACAAAGAUCGCUAUUUGGCUGUGGCGACGAACAGCAAGCACUUCAAGCUGUAUGACACGGAGCAAAACAUGAAUUGCCGUCUGAUUUCCGGGCACUCUGACACAGUCAUGUCAUUGGCCGCGUCACAAAAUCUGCUCAUCUCCGUGGGAAAAGAUUGCAGCAUACACCUGUGGAAGUUAUCGUAUGAGACAGAUUGCCUGUUGGAGCCGCUUACCCAGCAAAGCAAAUGCCACACGGCCACCAUUGGCUGCGUGGCCAUCACACACAACGGCGCCAAGGGCUUCGCCUCCGCCUGCCAGGACGGUAGCAUGAAAGUAUGGCAGCUAUCACGUGACAAGCAGGAUCGCAACACAUACGCGUUCUCUCUGCGGUAUGCUGCGUUGGCCCACGACAAAGAGGUCAACUGCGUUACGUAUGCGCUCAACAAUAAGAUUCUGGCAACCGCAUCGCAGGACAAGACAGCAAAGCUUUGGAACGCGGACACAAACGUGCUGCUCGGUGUGCUGAGGGGCCACACGCGCGGUGUGUGGUGCGUACGUUUCUCGCCCGUCGACCAAAUUGUGGUGACCUCCUCGUCGGACUGCAGCCUGCGAAUAUGGUCAAUUGCCAAUUUCAGUUGCCUGAAGCGUCUAGAGCAGGAGUGCACUAUACUGCGUGUUGAGUUUCUCGAUCACGGCAAGUUCAUAUUGUCUGCUGCCUCCGAUGGUUUGCUAAAACUGUGGAACCUUAAAACCAACAUUUGUGUUCAGUCGAUCGAUGAGCACAGCGAUCGCGUCUGGUCUGUGGCGGUUUCUGCGUGCAGUAACCGCUUCUUCUACACGGGUGGUGCGGAUUCGAAGCUUAUUCGUUUUGAUGACGUCACUGAAACAGUACGCAAUGAAGCCUUGGACCAGCGACAGGCUAUUUUGCAGCAGGAGCAGACCCUCCACUCGCUUCUGCACGCACAAGAGCAGCUUGAGAAGGCCUUUAAGCUUGCCCUAACGUUAGACAAGCCAAAGGCCUCGUACGACAUUAUUUGCCAUUUCAUGCGCAAACGAGAUGCCGAUGCUGUGCGUCACCUGGUGGAUCAACUAAAUAUGGAUCAAAGACUGGUGUUGCUGCAGCACGUUAAAGCGUGGGGCACCAACUCUCGUCACUCAUAUAUUGCUAACCUGGUGCUGCAACAUUUGCUGGGAGAUGCUUUGCUCAACACUUCACAAAGGUUCUACAACAAUGGCAAUCUAGUUGAGGUUUUAACUCCCUAUGUGCAGCGGCAUUUCAAACGGGUUUCCGAGUUAAACAAGGAUCUAGCUUUUAUGGAGUUUAUCGUAAAAUGUAUGUAAAAUUACAUUUUUUCUGUUAUUGAUCUA